AUGGAAAAUAAAGAUAAUAAAAGAAGAGGGUUUUUGAAAAAUUGGAAUAUUAAUUAUUUAUCAACGAAUUUUAAUAAUCUUAUUAAACAUAACGAAAACACACAUAAUACAAAACAUGAUCAAAGAAAUGAACAUGUUGAUGAUAACAAAACAAAUAAAAUAUAUGAUAUUAACGAAAAUAUAAAAUUUAUUAAAGAAAAAGAAAUAAUGAGAGAAAAUAAUAAAAUCGAUGUAAAUAAUAAUAUUAAUAUAAAUUUAUCAUCUUCUUUAUCUAAUAAAGGUUAUUAUGAUUCUAUAAAUCAUAAUGUUAAAGAUUCUAUAAAUGUAAUGAAUGAUUCUAAUACUACUACUACUAAUAAUAAUAAACCUACUUCCUAUUUGGAUUUCUGUGAAGCGUGGUCCAAAUUUAAAUUUAGGAAUUUAGCUAGUCAUGCAAAUGAUCAAAUAAACAAAGAUAAACAAAGUUAUAACAAUGGAGAAUCACAAGGGAAUAUUCAGAAUACUGGACUUCGAAAUAAAAAUUCAUGUGAUAAUAAAGGUUUGUUAAAUUGUAAUAUGGCACAUAAUCAUUCCAACAGUAAUUAUUUGAAUGGUCAUAAUAAUAUAAAUAAAUGUAUUAAUCGUGAUAAUACCAAUAUUGAUAAUAAUAAGAAAAAUAAUUAUCAUAAUAAUAAUAAUAAUAAUAAUAAAAAUAAUAGUAGUAGUAGUAAUAAUAAUAGUAGUAAUAACAACAACAAUAGUAACGGAAAUAAUAGUGAUAAUCAUAACAAUAAUAAUAAUAAUAAUAAUAAUGAUGAUGGGAAUCAUUUUAAUCGUCAUAAUAAUUUUAAUAAUAAUCAUAUGAAUAAUUAUAAUGGUCAUCAUCAUCAUCAUCAUCAUAAUAAUAAUAAUAAUAAUGAUGAUGAUGAUAACGGUGAUCAUAGCGACAAUAAUAACAAAAAGAAUAAUAAGUUUUACAAAAAUAACGAUGCCUCAUCUGUUUCCUCAUCUUCUUCUGUGUCCUCAUCAUCCUCAUUUAUUUCAAACGAUUCUUAUGCAGCAAAUAAUCCCAAAACAAAUAAUGAACAAUGUAAGAGGAAAAAAAAAAAAAAAAAGGAAAAAGAAAAAGAAAAUAAUAAUAACUCCCCUGAUAUGGACACGUAUAAUAGUAAUAUUAAUGUAAUGAAUAAUAUGAAUAAUAACAUGGAAAGUAAUAUGAGAACUGAUCUAAAUGUACAUCAUAAUAAUAUGAAUAGAAGAAAUAGUUUUAAUAAUACUUCUAGUGUACAACAUACUUAUAAUAAUAAUUACAAUCAAUAUGAUCAUAAGAAUUCAAAUGAUAGUUAUACAAGAAAUGAAAGAAGAAAUAGCUUAAAUAAUUAUAAUUUCAGAAAGGCCUCUUUGAAUCCUAAUAAUGAAUUUUACAAUAAUAAUGAUUAUUCUAGUGAUUUAAUAAACUCACAUCCUAUUAAUUAUUCAAAUAUUCCAGAAUCGAAUUAUAAUAUGAAUCAUCCUAUGCAUCAUAUGAAUAGUGCAAGUCAUGGUAUGAACAAUAAUACAAGUCAUGGUAUGAAUAAUAAUACAAGUCAUGGUAUGAGUAAUAAUACAAGUCAUGGUAUGAACAAUAAUACAAGUCAUGGUAUGAACAAUAAUACAAGUCAUGGUAUGAGUAAUAAUACAAGUCAUGGUAUGAAUAAUAAUACAAGUCAUGGUAUGAGUAAUAAUACAAGUCAUGGUAUGAACAAUACUAGUCAUGGUAUGAACAAUACUAGUCAUGGUAUUAACAAUACUAGUCAUAGUAUGAACAAUACUAAUCAUGGUAUGAAUAAUACUAGUCACAGUAUGAACAAUACUAGCCACCAUAUAAACCAUUCCAGUCCUAAUGUUAUGAAUAAAAAUUGUGGGAAUAAAAGAAAUUACACAUCGAACAAUUCGGGGGAUUAUAACGAGGGCGUAAAAAGUAAUAAUUACUACAAUCACUCAGGUAAUAAUACCAAUUAUUAUAAUAGUAAUAAAAAUAGCAUUUCAAGUGAAAAUUUGAAUAAACAAAUUAAAAAAGGAGAAGAGGGAGGAGAAGGAGAUAAUGUAAGAGAUUCCAUUGAUAAAACAGAAGAGGUGGAAAAAAAAAAUCCAAAUAUGAUAAAUAUUGAAAUGUUAAAUCCAGAAGAUCGAAAAAAAGAAGCGGAGAAAUAUAAGGUAUUAGGUAAUCAAAGUUAUAAACUAGGUUAUUUUGAAUCAGCUAUUGAUUAUUAUACAAAAGCUAUACAAUAUGAUAACACGAAUCAUGUCUAUUAUACAAAUAGAGCUUUAUGUUAUAAAAAACAAAAAUUAUGGAAACUAGCAAAUAUGGAUGCUAGACAAGCAUUAAAUUUAGAAGAAGAAUCGGUUAAGGCUCAUUUUAUUCUUGGUUUAACUUUAUUACAUCUAAAUAGUUUAGAAGAAGGAUUAAAAAAAUUAACAAAAGCUAAAACUUUAUCAAGUUAUUUAAAAGAUUCAAAUGAAAGUGAAAUUAAUAGAUAUAUUAUGCAAGCCAAAAAAUUAAUUUAUUUACGUGAUGAACAAAAUAAACAAUUGUCUUACACAGAAUUACAAUCUUUUUUUAUAGAUAAAAUUAAUUUAUUAAACCAAAUAGGAUAUAUAACGAAUGAAGAAAAAUCUUUAAGAAUACAACAAACGGAAGGAAUAUUUAAAGAAUUAUUAGAUUCCUUUCAAAAAAAACAAGUACCAGAUUAUUUAUGUUGUAAAAUAUCCAUGUGCCUAAUGAAUGAACCUGUUAUAACUCCUAGUGGUAUGACAUAUGAUAAAAUAUUUUUAUAUGAACAUGUUAAACAUAAUGGAUCCUUCGAUCCUGUUAGCAGGGAACAAUUUUCUAUACGUGAAGUGAUUCCAAAUUAUGCUAUAAAAGAAGCCACAGAGCACUUUUUGAAGGCUAAUCCAUGGGCCUUCGAGGAAUAA